AUGGAAAGCGGAGGGGCUGAGAACAAAGACCUUCGCUCAAGUGCGCUCAGCUCAGACCCAAAACUCAAGGCCGCACAGGAUUCUGGGAAGAGAACUCCGCGUAUAGUCGAGAUACCAGAGCCUCUUGCAAUAGAGUCUACGACCAUGUCAGUCUUGGAAGAUAGCGACGAAGAAGUGUCGGAGGUUCCACCACUAUCCGCCUGGGGAGAGAGAACCGGCAAUGGUUAUGAGAUCUUCGUCGUGGACGAAACUUCCGAACAAGAUGUCUUGAUGGGGUAUAGCUGGGAUAUCAGCUCAAGUCGUGAGGAAGCGGUAUCUCAGAUAAGUGAAUCGUUGCGCCAAGCGGCAUCAAUUGCCGAGGGUAAAGAGUACUACGUAACAACAGUCCUGGGGAAACGCAUCGUCAAUACAGAUCCUGAAAUCCUUUUCGGGACUUUCGAGACUUGUCAGACGUUAGCUAUUGGGACUGAAAAGGGUAUAAAUAAGUGGACUUCCGCUCUGACUGAGGCUGCGCCAUCUAAACUAUCGUAUCAGUCGACUGUUACUAUUCAGCAAGCUACCAGUCAAGCUCUAGAAGGGAAAAAAUCCCCCAAUAGCUAG